AACAGUAGGUGAAAGGGUCGAUGCAGGCGUGACUGUGAAAAUUUAUCAUCUGAGGCGCUUCACAGACGGAAGUACAGCCUUGGUAAAGAAAAAACAAAACUCGCUGUUAGUGGGACACACUCUCCUUGACGAUGGUGCUUAAACAGUGCCAGUCUCGACUUAAACUUUUUAACUUUAACCACCCAGAAAAGUGGUAUGAUCCUCAAGACAGAGCUGGCAUUUUUGUGCCUGCAGCGACAUCGAUUUUCGUCAGAGCCUCAGCGUGUUCUCAGUGUAAUCUCACUCCGUCAUUUAGCAAGUUUGAGAAGACACCGCUGAGAUGGAGACGAGCUCCUGGAGUGAACAUUACGCAUUUGUCUGCUGCGACAUGGAUGUCCGUGAGAGCUUUCCAGUAUGAUCUAAAACCAGACGUACCAAAGGCUGAAGGCCAGAAGCUGUUCUUUGAUACGCAUGCAGUGGUGCGACUCCUUGAGGAAAAUGGUUUCACUACAUCUCAGUCUGAAGGCAUGGUCAGCGUACUGGUGAAGAUGACAAACUCUAACAUGGAUGUCAUUUACAGUGACAUGAUAACCAAAGUGCAGCAGGAGAUCAUGUUGCAGCGUGUGAUGUCUCAAAUAGCCACUGUAAAGAAGGACAUGGUGAUCCUUGAGAAGAGCGAGUUCUCUGCUCUGCUGGCAGAAAAUGAGAAACUCAAGGUCCAGUUGCUCCAGCUCAAGGUCCAACUAGCUGAUGAAAUGAAAAAAGUGCAGUCAGACAAUAUGUUGGAUAUGAAUUUGGAGAAAAGCCAAGUGAAAGAAUUGAGAGCAGAGCAUGAGAAGAAACUUCUAGAAACACGAACUGAGAUUAUGGAAAUGACUGCAGAACAGGAGCGCUAUUUGACUCAGACAAACAUGAAAAUAGACACAGAAGUGGCUGGAUUGAAAACCAUGUUGGAGUCUCAUAAACUGGAUACUAUAAAAUACCUUGCAGGUUCAGUGUUUACGUGCCUCACUGUGGUCUUGGGUUUUUAUCGUGUUUGGAUGUAAUCAGGACUUUGAUCAUUGACUUUGAUAAUACUUGAAUUGUCACUGCAUCCUCUGAAUGUGCUAUGAUUUGUUAUUUCCCGGGCAGUGGUGAUCUUUUUUACAAGUAGAACUUAUGGAAGGACCAGCUCCUUCACCGAUCACUCGUGGAAGUUAUUUGAUAAAUACAUUCAUUCAUCAAAAAUUUCUACCGCACCACCCAGACAGUUUUUUGAUUAAAUUUUUAUUGUCUUGUUUUAUGGCUUCUGGAACCAAGUUGACAAUUCACUUAGUAAUUUUUUGUAAUGUGUAAUUACUGAAAUUAUGUAUAUAUGUAUCUGUAUAUGUGUAUAUGCCAGUCUUUAAAU